AUGCUUGAGAAUACACAUCAGGAAGCGAAGACAAUUCUUCAAGUCCGAAGCGUUUGUGUGCUUCACCUUCUGAGCCACAAGAUGGUCCAGUCCUUUCGGAUUGUGAGGGAAGAAGAAACAACUCUCAUGGUGGAGAAGAUUCGGGGCUCAUCCGUGGUGAAUCUGUCAGACAUGCUUGUUUCCCUCACCAAUAGUGUAAUAAGUAGGGUGACCUUGGGCAGGAACUAUUGGGAAGGGGAAGCAAGUAAUGAGAUUAUGUACGUAAAUCAAGAAAAUGAAAAAGCCAACGAAUUUUCAUCUUCUGAUUUUGAGCAAAAGUCAAAAAAAACUAAAUCAAGCGUAUCCCUAAAAGGAGGGUGGAAGCUCAAGGAAAUGAUUGGAAGGUUAGCGGAAUUGUUGGGCGUGGUUGAUAUUGGGGUUUACAUCCCCUGGCUUUCUUGGUUGAAUCGUAUCAAUGGUCUGGAUGGUAAAGCGGAGAAACUUGCUAGGGAGUUUGAUGAAUUCAUAGAGGCUGUGGUUGCAGAGCAUGUUCAUGGGAGGAGAAGGGAGUGCAAUAAAGCUUUGAGGUUUAAUAUGACAAUUUGGUCACUUGGCUCCUUUUUGCAGGACAUGUUUGGUGCUGGGACUGAUACAACAUUCACUCUUCUAGAAUGGACAGUGGCCGAGCUCUUAAAACACCAGGAAACCAUGAAGAAGUUACAAAAGGAAGUGAAAGAAAUAGGCAGAGGCAAACGUUACAUAGCCGAGGAUGAUCUGGAGAAAAUGCACUACUUGAAAGCUGUGAUCAAAGAGUGCCUAAGGCUUCAUACCCCUCUCCCAAUAUUACUUCCUAGAGAAUCACUCAAAGAUGUUAGAGUAAUGGGCUAUGACAUUGAUGCUGGCACCCAAGUGCUCGUGAAUGUUCGGGCAAUCGCAAGAGAUCCAUCAUCUUGGGAACAUCCUGAGGAGUUUCGGCCCGAAAGGUUCCUUAAUAGCUCCAUAGAUUUCAAGGGCAAAGAUUUCGAGUUCAUCCCUUUCGGUGCUGGGCGGAGGGGUUGCCCCGGCACACUAUUCGCCAUCAAUGUGACUGAGCUUGCAUUAGCAAAUAUUGUGUAUAAGUUUGAUUUAUCUUUGCCUGAUGGGGCAAGCUCGGAGGAUUUGGACAUGAGUGAAGGAACCGGGAUCACCAUCCAUAGAAAGAAUCCUCUAAUUGUUUUAGCAGCUGAACGUCUCUAA